AUGAAGGCUGCAGAGAGUGAGGUCCCUGACGCGCACUUCACUGUAGACAAACAGAAUAUCUCCCUCUGGCCCCGAGAGCCUUCCCCCAAGAUGGGUUCAUCUCUGGUUUCGAGGAAGCAUUGCUCAGUCCGUGCUGCAGUCAUCAUCCUGACGCUGGUCCUGCUCGCCUCUGUUCUGCUGCAGGCCAUUCUCUAUCCCUGGUUUAUGAGCACACUGUCAGAUGUAAAGAACAAUGCCCAGUUGCUGGAAGGUCGUGUGGAUAACAUCAGCACCUUGAGUUCUGAAAUUAAGAGGAACAGAGGCAGCGUGGAAGCAGCUGGCAUUCAGGUCCAGAUGGUGAAUGCUAGCCUGGAUCAUGUGCAUGCUCAGAUCCAGAAGUUGGAAACUGGUAUGAAGGAAGCCGAUGCACAAAUCCAGAUGUUAACAAGAAGUUGGGAGGAAGUCUAUAAUUUAAAUGCUCAAAUCCCAGAGUUAAAGAUAGAUUUGGAUAAAGCCAGUGCUUUAAAUGCAAAGGUCCGUGGACUCCAGAGCAGUUUGGAAAAUAUCAACAAGUUGCUCAAACAGCAAAAUGACAUUCUACAGGCGGUUUCUCAAGGCUGGAAGUAUUUCAGGGGGAACUUCUAUUACUUUUCCCGUGUCCCAAAGACCUGGUAUAGCGCCCAGCAGUUCUGCAUGUCCAGGAAUUCACACCUGACCUCCGUGACCUCAGAGAGCGAACAGGAGUUUCUGUACCGGACAGCAGGUGGACUCUUCUACUGGAUCGGCCUGACCAAAGGGAGUGAGGGGGUCUGGCACUGGGUAGAUGACACUCCAUUCAACAAGGUCCAGAGUGUGAAGUUCUGGAUUCCUGGUGAGCCCAACAAUACUGGGAACAAUGAACACUGUGUCCAUAUAAAGAUGUCCUCACUUCAGUCAUGGAAUGAUGUUUCCUGUGACAAGCAGUACCUUUUCAUCUGCAAACGUCCCUAUGUCCCAUCAGAACUAUGAUAGGACUGGCUUCCAACCUGACACUUGGAGCUCCAGUGUGUG